CGGCAAAGAUGAGCAAUAGGAGCCCGGGCCGGCCUGCGCGGGGCGGGGCCCCAGGAGGGCGGGGCGGACGAGGCCAGAGGAGCGGCGGCGGGACACGGGCGCGGAGCUGGGCCUCGGCGGGCGCCGGGCAGCUGUGUCUGUGUCUUGAAGUAGGGCCCACUAGGAACAAUGCCGCCGCCAUCGGAUAUUGUUAAAGUGGCCAUUGAAUGGCCAGGUGCUAACGCCCAGCUCCUUGAAAUCGACCAGAAACGGCCUCUGGCAUCCAUCAUCAAGGAAGUGUGCGAUGGGUGGUCACUGCCAAACCCGGAGUACUACACACUCCGCUACGCAGACGGGCCCCAGCUCUAUGUCACCGAGCAGACCCGAAAUGACAUUAAGAAUGGGACCAUCUUACAACUGGCCAUCUCCCCGUCCCGGGCUGCACGCCAGCUGAUGGAAAGGACCCAGUCAUCCAGUAUGGAGAUCCGGCUGGAUGCCAUGAAGGAGCUGGCUAAGCUCUCAGCCGACGUGACUUUUGCCACUGAGUUCAUCAACAUGGACGGCAUCGUUGUGCUGACAAGGCUCGUGGAGAGCGGAACCAAGCUCCUGUCCCACUACAGUGAGAUGCUGGCAUUCACCCUGACUGCCUUCUUAGAGCUCAUGGACCAUGGCAUUGUCUCCUGGGACAUGGUUUCCAUCACCUUCAUUAAGCAGAUUGCAGGGUACGUGAGCCAGCCGAUGGUCGAUGUGUCCAUCCUUCAGCGGUCCCUGGCCAUCCUAGAGAGCAUGGUAUUAAACAGCCAGAGCCUGUACCAGAAGAUAGCAGAGGAAAUCACCGUGGGACAGCUCAUCUCCCACCUGCAAGUCUCCAACCAGGAGAUCCAGACCUAUGCCAUCGCUCUGAUUAACGCGCUGUUCCUGAAGGCCCCUGAAGACAAGCGACAGGACAAGCAUCUUAACCCUCUAGACCUGCCCGUCACUGACAUGGCCAACGCCUUUGCGCAGAAGCACCUUCGGUCCAUAAUCCUGAACCACGUGAUCCGAGGGAAUCGUCCAAUCAAAACGGAGAUGGCCCAUCAGCUGUAUGUCCUUCAAGUCCUGACCUUUAACCUCCUGGAAGAAAGAAUGAUGACGAAGAUGGACCCCAAUGACCAGGCUCAGAGAGACAUCAUAUUUGAACUGAGGAGGAUUGCAUUUGACGCAGAGUCGGACCCUAGCAAUGUCCCUGGGAGCGGGACUGAAAAGCGCAAGGCCAUGUAUACCAAGGACUAUAAAAUGCUGGGGUUUACUAACCAUAUCAACCCAGCCUUGGACUUCACCCAGACUCCUCCUGGAAUGCUGGCUUUGGACAACAUGCUGUAUCUGGCCAAAGUCCACCAGGACACCUACAUCCGGAUUGUGCUGGAGAACAGUAGCCGGGAAGACAAGCACGAGUGUCCUUUCGGCCGCAGUGCCAUUGAGCUCACCAAGAUGCUCUGUGAGAUCCUGCAGGUCGGGGAGCUCCCAAAUGAAGGACGCAAUGACUACCAUCCGAUGUUCUUCACCCAUGACCGCGCCUUUGAAGAGCUCUUUGGAAUCUGCAUCCAGCUGCUGAACAAGACCUGGAAGGAGAUGAGGGCGACAGCCGAGGACUUCAACAAGGUUAUGCAAGUCGUCCGAGAACAGAUCACCCGGGCUCUGCCCUCUAAACCCAACUCUUUGGACCAGUUCAAGAGCAAGCUUCGCAGCCUGAGCUAUUCAGAGAUUCUGCGGUUGCGCCAGUCUGAGAGGAUGAGCCAGGACGACUUCCAGUCCCCACCGAUUGUGGAGCUUCGGGAGAAAAUCCAGCCCGAGAUCCUGGAGCUGAUCAAGCAACAGCGCCUGAACCGGCUGUGUGAGGGCAGCAGCUUCCGAAAAAUCGGAAACCGUCGGCGGCAAGAGCGGUUCUGGCAUUGCCGCUUGGCACUGAACCACAAGGUCCUGCACUAUGGUGACUUGGAUGACAACCCUCAAGGGGAGGUGACGUUUGAGUCCCUGCAGGAGAAAAUUCCUGUUGCAGAUAUUAAGGCCAUUGUCACUGGGAAAGACUGUCCCCACAUGAAAGAGAAGAACGCCCUGAAACAGAACAAGGAGGUGUUGGAAUUGGCUUUCUCCAUCCUGUAUGAUCCUGAUGAGACACUGAAUUUCAUCGCUCCUAAUAAGUAUGAGUACUGCAUCUGGAUAGAUGGACUCAGCGCCCUCCUGGGGAAGGACAUGUCCAGUGAGCUCACCAAGAGCGACCUGGACACGCUGCUGAGCAUGGAGAUGAAGCUGCGGCUUCUGGACUUGGAGAACAUCCAGAUCCCCGAGGCACCACCACCCGUCCCCAAGGAGCCCAGCAGCUAUGACUUCGUCUAUCACUACGGAUGAGCGAGAAGGAACUGGGGCCCAGGAGAGACACUGGCAGCCUGUGCCUUGCCUUCUACUUGUACAGACUCUAUAGUGAUUGUGGUGACUACUCCUCAGACCCAAUGGGACCCAGAGCUUCUCUUGGUCCUCAUUCACUAGGAGUCACGAAGUCAGGGCAUGCCGCCCUCCUCAGCACCACAGAGCCUGGGGUCGGGCCUGGAGGAGUGAACUCAAGAUGCUCUGCCUCCCACCCUGAGUCUGCACCUGGAACCGGACUUACUGACGGCCAUCCCCUCCCGAGCCUAUUCUGGUUUUCUGGAGAACUCAUGUGGGCUGGAGCAGAUGCUGGAAAGGCUGCCCAUGGGGACUGGAGUCCUGGGAAUCGUGAGAGCCUUGGAGUGACUGUCUUCAGGUGGCUCAGGCAAGGACAGGCUGAGUGCUUUUGCUUAGUAGGUCUCUGAGGGCUCAUUCCAGCCUCAUCCUGUGCCAAGAUGCUGCUGCCUCGGGGUUGGCCCUUACAUCUCUGUCUCUAGAGGUAUCCAUCUCUCUUGCCCAUGUAGGAAUCAGGACAGGUAGCAAUCUCUUCCCCAAGCACUGGGUCUCAUCCUGGCCAGGUAGAAGCCUCCAGCCUGAGUCCUGCUCUCUUAGGCUCCAGGAACACUGCAGGGAAAGUCAGGUUGAGGCCCCCAGCUCUCCUCCAUUUCCAUCUUUUCCUUGCUGAGGAAGACUGCUCCCAUGCCCUUAGUGACAGGCCCUUUUGUUUGCUUCCCUCUGGCUCCUGGCUCGGGGCAGGUCGCCUUCCCCGUCUUUCCUUCCUGGCGCUGUGGUUUCUGCCAUUAGCCAUGAUUUCAAGAAGCGGCUAGGGCCACAGCUGUGCCAUGGGCCUUCUCUGGUGCUGCAGCACUUGAAGCACACGCACAGCCUCUCUCCUUGGACGCAUGUUAACAUGGUGGUAUUCAGUACUGGUAGCCUGGCAUGGUGGUACUACCCAAUGAAGAGUGUACUAUAUAUUUUCUUUACUAUAGGCCAUACUUAUACAGACGUGUAUAUAUAUUUAUAUAAGAUCAUCCUAUUCUAGGAUAGAAUGUUUAAGGGAAGAUAAAAUUGAGAGUAAAAAUGUAAUGCUCGCAGUCAUGAGCUACGACUGUAACCAGAGAGCAGCCAGGAGCUUCCUGUCAGUGACCGUGUUUUCAAUAAAUACUCUUUCAUGUA